AUGCACUCCCACAGCGUACGAUUCAAUAUCGUGCGAUCCGACCUCAUUGACAAUGAGACAACACCUCUCCAGGUUGGCAAUGGCAACUUUGCCUUCAAUGUCGACACCACAGGGAUGCAGACAUACUUGCCGUUCAACACGCUAUCCAGCUGGGCCUGGCAUAACGACUCGCUCCCUGCGAAUGGGGAGUUACCUUCAGACUACAAGGGCGUUGUGCGCGAGACAUAUGGGCGUGAAGUCUACUACGACAUCCCAGACCCCAAGCUCAAGCAAGCAACUCAGUGGCUAAUUAGCAACCCAAACCGACUGAACCUGGGUCGUAUUGGCCUCCGCUAUCAAGGAGAUAGACUCAACGAGUCUCUCAUCACUGAAUCCAGACAAGAACUAGAGUUGUGGGAUGGCACCAUCACAUCAAGUUUCAAGGUCAACGGCAAAGAUGUAAAGGUGGUUACACAAGGCGACUUUGAGUCUGAUGCUGUGGCUUUUGUCAUUGAGUCAAAACUUAUUCAAAGUGGCGAUUUGCAUGUGGAAAUGGACUUCCCGUAUCCGCCGAUACACAGUACCAAGUACAAAUACGAGGUCUUUGCGGGCGUAUACGACUUCCCUCUUAAUCACAGCACUAUACUGGUGGAGGAUGGAACUGAUCGCACAUCGGCGCAUAUCCAGCAUGACUUGCAAGAAGUGCGGUACUUUGCUAAUCUGCGAUGGCCAAAAGGAUCACCUCUUAAGUUGACCCGCAAUGAGCCCCCAAAUUCAACAUCCAUCAAAGCACACCGCUAUACCCUGGAUACAGUGGCCGCGAGCUCUUCGAUCUCUUUCACUGCCCAUUUCUCACCUGACCAACAGGUGCCCAGCCUACCUCAAAAGGUCUUAGAAAAGAAUGUAAAAGGCUGGAAUAAGUAUUGGAAAGAAGGGGGCUUUGUUGACCUCACCGCAUCUUCCAAUCCGAACGCAACUGAGCUCCAGCGCCGCAUUAUCAAGUCACAGUACCAUGUGCGUGUCAAUAGCGCGGCCAAAGGUCAAUCGCCGCAAGAAAGCGGGCUAAUGAACAAUGGCUGGUAUGGAAAGUUCCACAUGGAGAUGUUAAUCUGGCACAACGCGCACUGGGCCACAUGGGGUCGUCAGAAGUACUUUGACAACAUCUUCCCCGAGCUAUACAAGACACUUCUUCCCUCAUCCCUGGCUCGUGCAAAAUACAUGGGAUGGGAGGGUGCGCGAUGGCCAAAGAUGACAGAGCUUGAGACCGGUGUCAGCUCACCGGGCGAUGUCAAUGCUCAGCUUAUAUGGCAGCAACCUCACCCGUUCUAUCUCGCGAAUCUUGCAUACGAGGCGAAUCCGACACGAGAGACACUUCAGAAGUGGGACAAAGUGCUGACAGCUACUGCGGACUACAUGGCAUCCUACCCCGGCCUCAACGCAACUACUGGCAAAUACGACCUUGGCCCGCCGACCUACGGCGUGACCGAGAACACACCACCAAAUUCUACACGCAACCUGGCAUACGAGAUUGCGUAUUGGCGCUACGGAUUGGAUGCCGCCGCGGAGUGGAAACGCAAACUGCACCAGCCUGUGCCUGAGAAAUGGACUCGCGUUGCCACGAAACUAGCUCUCCCACCUCAAAUCGACGGCUUGUAUACCGUUUACGACGGACUCAACAGCUCUUGGUGGGAAGAUCCAAAGCUCAAUGGCGAUCCUCGCAGUCUCAUCAUGAUGCAAGGUAUCCUCCCCGACACGCCUGCCGUAGACCCCGAAGUUGCCCUUCGUACCGCCGAUAAAGUCUGGAAAGUAUGGACUGAUGACAAGAUCCGUGGCUGGGGACGUCCUGUUCUCGCCAUCAAUAGUGCGCGGAUAGGUAAUCCUGAGCGUGCGAUUUACCAUCUUACCGCGUAUGACUAUUGGAAGUUUGACGACGCAGGUUUCGCAAUCCGCGGUGGAGAUGGAGGUACUCCACCACCGUUCAUGCCAGGUAAUGCAGGAUUCCUGUAUGCGAUCGCGUAUUGCGCAGCGGGUUGGCAAGGAUCGGAAGGUGAUGCGCCAGGCUUUCCGAAAGAUGGAAGUUGGAAUGUAAAGCACGAAGGGUUGAUGAAAGCGUUGUAG